AUUCUUUAAGAGGAAAAUGAAUGCGAUUUUGUGGAGUUGGAGUCUCGCAGGACUCGUUCUGCUAAGUAUUACAGAUGGGGUAAUGGGUUUUGAUGAAAUGCACUUGUUUAACAAAAUCAAUGGCACAACUGUGUUUCCGAAACAAGAUGAUGCAAAUGUUCUGAUGGUAGGAAUAACUCUUGUUCAAGCAGCUGCUGCUAAAGGAGCGGUGUGUCUGGAUGGGUCAGUGCCUGGAUAUCAUUUGUAUCGUGGGUACGGUUCAGGAGCAAACAACUGGAUCAUUCAGUUACAGGGCGGUGCUUGGUGUGACAGUGUUCAAAAUUGUGAGUACCGUAAGAAAAGUGGUUACGGAUCGUCUACAUUAAUGGAGAAAGUGUUAGCAUUCACUGGAAUACUUAGCAAUAAAGCAGCUGAAAAUCCAGACUUUUACAACUGGAAUAAAGUUAAAGUCCGGUAUUGCGAUGGUGCGUCAUUUGGCGGCGACAGCGAAAACAAGGCGGCACAACUACAGUUUAGAGGAAAGCGUAUAUUUUUAGCUGUCAUGGAAGAUUUAAUGGAAAAGGGAAUGCGUCAGGCAAAGCAGGCUUUGCUUAACGGAUGUUCUGCUGGGGGUCUUGCAUCCAUUUUACGCUGCGAUGAUUUCAAGAGCUUGUUUCCUCUUACCACCAAAGUAAAAUGCAUGAGUGAUGCUGGCUUCUUCCUCGACACCGUUGAUAUAUCUGGAGAUCGUACUUUGAGGCGUAUGUAUUCUGGUGUCGUAAACACCCAGGGUUUGCAAAACACGCUUCCUCGCACAUGUACAAACCAUCUUGAUUCAACUUCGUGUUUCUUCCCUCAAAACAUAAUCAACCAAGUCCAGACCCCGUUGUAUAUUCUCAACUCGGCAUUUGAUUCGUGGCAGAUUGGAAAUAGUAUAGCUCCACCAUCUGCUGAUCCAAGUGGCAGUUGGAAUGACUGCCGCGUCAGCUUCAGGUGCAACGACGCUCAGAAGAAGGUCUUGGAAGGUUUCAGGAUAAGCAUGUUAAAUGCGUUAAAGACAUUUGUGACGACAAGAAAGAACGGAUUGUCAAUCACCUCAGGCUGGGCUCAUUGCCAAGCGGAGAGACAAGAUUCUUGGUUUCCUGGAAACUCUCAGGCGGGUAAAGAUAAGGGGAUUGCUGUAGCUGUUGGAGAUUGGUAUUUCGAAAGAGCCAAAAAGGCCACCUCAUAGACUGUGAUUAUCCCUGUGGCAGCAAGAACCGUUAUUAACAAAUGAUUUAUUUUACUUUAUUCCCAUCAAUUAUCGCUGAGGUUUUCAUUGAAAGGCAGUACUGAAGAGAUUUCUAUAAUGUAUUUGUAUACAUGUAAUCACAAAACAACCAAUAAAC